UUCCUGUUAUUAUUUCGCACUUCUAAUAUUUAAGUCUGGGAAGAUUUAACACAAGAAGCAUGCGCUGUUGCUGCUUUAUUUCAUGACGUUUGUUUGUGAGCUGUAAUUCUCAAAAUUCCGAGGAAUAACUUUGCCAAGAAUGUAAGACAAGGUACGAGGAACAUUAGUGAUAGAAUGGUGUGGCAAUAUAACCCGCAUAUACCGCAUGUCAUACAGCAACGCGUGGCAUAUACGCAUACCUAAAAUACGAGAAAUUUUUCCCGAACGGCCGGCGCCGACGCUGACACCGACACCCGAUUUCCUGCGACACGAAGCCCUCGACGCUGCCGCGUUAAUACUUCAUUAUUCCAUUCGUGGCCGACAUUAUGAGGAAGACCAGCGGACAUAAUCCGUAGUGUAAAAAGUGAAGUCUCUUUGAAGUGUCAAUUGGCGGACACUAUUUGAAGAUCAAACCGUUGUUGUCAAGCUGAUCGAACUACAAUUUAGCCUCUCGUAUUCGUUGUCUGGCUUGGAGAUUAUAUAUGGUACAAGUCUUCCGUUUUCUCUCACAUGACAAUAACUCCUAAAAUUUACAACGCCAGCCGCAGAGGAUAAUCAGCAAAUGUAACUGAAUUAUGAAGUAGCACCGCUCUCAGACCUCGAAGCGAAGCACGGUUUUGAUUUUGUAUACAACAGGUUGCUUCACACUUUUCGUAUAUGCGAGCGAUUCCUUAAGCUACAGAUCACCGAUAUAAUGCACGUUAUAUGGUAAUAGGCGGGAAAUAUUAAUGAAUAAUGCAUCAAUGGAGAGCACUGAAUACGUAUGACAAAUACUGGCGCAUAUAUCUGAUAAAUCUGUUUAACGAAGAUUCGGCACUUUCCCAGGGCCCUAUAAACCGUCGAAGGUGAACCCGAGGUCGAUUCAUCCCAUCUACAAUUGCCUCGUCAAGAUGCUGGCAACACCAUCUGCGAGAGAGAAGCUCUUGGUCAGAAGUGAGGAGGCAUACGACUGGGACCGCAUGGUCGAGCUGGGCCGAAGGAAGAAGGCCGCUGAUCACGCGGACGAACGCACGCAUUCUCCGCCAUCAAGAGAACUGAUCGAGGCGCCCUCCGACCGUACUGUCGCCGAAACUCCAGCUCCGGACUCCGCGGUCAUUCCCGUACCUCCAGCGACGAUCGCGCUCCCAACGGCGGCCACCGGUGACCCCGUGCCCGCGCGGCUAGACAUGCCCCCAACGCUGGUGCUCGCGCCCUCGUCUCCGGCACCGUCGGAGCCCUUCGACGUGGCCUGUUCGAGGGCGGUGUCGCCGUCGCCCGCCAUCGCAGGGGGAGCCGGCGCUCCGCAGGGAGCACAGCCUCGACAAGCCGCGGCUGACCAGCAGCCAAAUGGGUUGCAAGAGGCGGCCACGGCAACUGGCAGCGCUCACGAAAGCAGCGAAGCAGGUGGAGCGGCGCCGGCCAAGUAGGCCGCGGCGAAGAAGGCAACACGUGCAGGGGGCGCCUCGCGGUGCCAUCGACGAUGUGCCGUGCUGCGAAUUCCUACGCGCCGAGCUUCGUAAAUAAAUCCGCACUACACCGUGAGCGAAGAGCGAACCUUUAACGUUUGGCUUUCUAUAUAUGUGCGUAGGCUCGCUUCGGCGCUUAGAAUUUUGCGUCAAUACGCCAGUGGCGGUGAACGCCAUUUUAAGCCCCUGGAACAAAAACGUGUAAGACAGCGUCAUAAUGACGCGUGACCACGAACCUAUAGUUUCAUGCGAGGGGCCGAACGUGCCAACAAGCAACGGUAGCGUUAACGGCGUGGCAACUUUGUAACGCAUGGCUUGUAUUUCUGAAGAAAACUUGACACCCACUCUGACGGCACUGCGUUUACGGUAAGGGCCGUACUACGGCUGAUAUUGGAGUGACUGUGUUUCACGUCUUCCAUUCAGCUUUGAUCAUUUGGAUAGGCUUCGAAAAUGUGCUCCUAAAUAUGAUUUUCUUUUUCAAGAAGGACUAGCCCCCUCUUAUCAGCCUUAGAGCAUUAAAUUCUGCAGAACGAUCCCGCCAGAACACAUUCACAAGACUGCGCGUGCUGUUGUGCUUCCUCUCCCAAGCUUCAUCGGCGUCGGACGAUCUCCCGUUAGAGAGUCGUUCUGCACUGAAGCCAGAAUAAUUCACCAUUUCUCGUUAUUUUGACGCUAGUCCUGACGAGCGUUUUACGUAACAUUGCGCUUCCAGUUUUUCCACAUAAAAGUCACUUUAUAGACCACACCAGCAUGUCUGCUUUUUUUUUAUUACAAUUAAAUAAUAAAAUGCCUGCAACUAAAUGAGCGGAAAGCAAUGCACUUCAUG